AUGACGACUGUUUUUCACUUAACCUUAAGACCUAUUUUAAUUUUAUCCAAGUGUAUAGGUUUAAUUGAUGUUUCGUAUACCGUGGAGUCAACUGGAUUAUUGCAUCGGAAUAGAAACUCAAAGAUUUGCACAUUUCUAGAAAUAGCUCGGAUGAUUGUGUUAUUGUUAUGCACUUAUACAUAUUUUUAUCAAUCGCAUCAAGAGUUGCAUAUUCUUCAAAUAAUAUAUGUAGUAAAAUUUUGGUUUAUCAUUGUCGCAGCUAGAAUGUCAUCAGUAUGGACGAUCAAAUUUAUUAAUGGCAUUAUUGAGUUUGAUCUAAAAAUUACACAACUUUCAACAAAAUUGAUGACACCACAUCGUUCAUGGACAAAAAAACGUUGGAAAACUGUUUUUAUUUCGUUAUGCGCCUACUUUAUUGGAUUUAAACUCAUAUUAUUAUAUUUUUGGCCCAUGCAGAUAAAAAACAUAGCAUUAAUGACAAACCAUGCAAUAUUCACCAUACCAUAUGUUAUGGAUUAUGUAGUUACGAUCUCUUCGUGUUUCUUUCUUCAAAACUUAUAUGUCAGAUUCCAGACGUUAAACGAUUUUUGGAAAUGUCUUCCUGCUGAUUUAGUUGAUGUACCCGGCCAAUGGACACACAUCGAAAUAAUGGAUCUGAUGGAAAACACGCGGCUGUUACACUCUGAACUCUGCGACGUGUUAAAAAUGUUUACUCUUGGUUACGGUCCAUUGCUUUUGGGUUUCUUCACAUCCAGCUAUAUCAGUUUACUUCUCAGUAUUUACUUUAUUAUCAACAAGGAAACCUUCUUUGGCCCAUCCCCAAAACUGUGGGAUCUAAUAUUUCCGCUGAUGGUCCACGUACAAAUUAUCACGUUUUUGAUGUCUAUUAUCGUUUUUGUUUCAUUCAUAAACGAGAAGAGAAUGGAGAUUAUAUCAUACCUACGGUUAUACCGUAUUUCAAAUUUACACUUAGACAAAAAAAGACAGAUCAAAAUGUUUAUGAAUCAAAUCUUUGUAUGCGAUUCAGACCGAAUUUCGGGAUUUGGAUUUUUCAAUAUCAAUUUAAAUCUUGUCACAACGAUGCUUGUAUUGUUGAUUAGUGGAACAAUCACAUUGUUACAGAUAAAAGAUCACCCAAUGAUAUUGAAAUUUAACAAUGACACUAAAUCGUUCUUGAAAAAAAUUUAUGCCACAAAAUUCAAUUAA